CCGUGUUGUUGUUUAGAAUGUUUUGGCGCUUGGCGAACGUUGAUUUUAGUGAAUGAAAACUACGGAGACUACUUGAUCACUGUUUUACGAAACAGGAUACUUAAAAUUCUUCUGCAAUGGAGACAGAUAAACAAGAAUAUCUUAAGAGACUCCCUUUCAUUCUGCGAAGAUUCAGCGUCAAUGAUUUGGAGAAAAUUAUCUUCGAAAGCUACAUUAAGGACUGGACUUGGGAAAAUUAUGUGGACCACAUUCGAGACACCGAAGAAAGAUUGACCAGUACCUCUGCUUCGAAAUAUCUUUGCCAAAAAUUAAAAAGAAUGCCUGCUAAGGAGCUCAACGAUCUGGUUGAGAGAAUUUUGCUGCUAGACGUUUGUCUGCACUCAACUCGACAGCAAUGGACCACUGUUGACAUGAAAAAUGGCGAAGGAAUGGAUGGAACUCCUCUCUCUGCAGAUUUUGCUGACAGUGUGAGAGCAAAACUUGCUGAACAGAGUAUCACGUCUCUGGUCCACGCCCUUCGGCGCAAAUCUCACUUCUGGAUCUCAGUUCGGCUAGAAAAAGCAAGCAAGACCAGCAAAAAGAGCAAAUCAAUCUUCAAAAGAUUCUUUGUUCCCAUUUUCUUUGUCAUUCCAUUCAACAGGCCUAUUAUGUUCGUCAUGUCCAACAAGGAGAAAGUGGAAAAAGGCGUAUUAAAUGCUGUUGCGAAGGCUGCAGGCUACAGGAAAGCCUCUAUCCGACAGCUGAGGGAUAAGGACAUUGGACAAAUGGAGAAAAUGUUAGACAUGGAACAGAGUUUCAGCGAGGAAGCAUACUCAGCAGCUGUUGCCAAAGAAUUUGAAGCUGUACCUGUUGAGCAUGGCAUGGAUUUCACCACCCACAAUCACAAGGAAGAUUAUUUGAAUAACGUUGCGCUUGAAUUCCCAGUUCUGCAGUCUGUUUCAUAUGUGACUUCAGCCCCAAUUUCACUUGCUGCUGAUGAAGGCGAGAGUAAGGAGUGGGACAAUGUGAAGUUUGGCGUUCGGCUCACCUUCAAAUCAAAGAACGUGUGGGACAUGGUGAAAAGAAUGACAUUGGAGGAAAACACGUUCGAGUCCCUGCCUCCAAAAUACAUGCUCAAAUCGCUGUUCGCAGGCAAGAAUACUAACUCAGUUGAGUUACAGAGCGAGGACAGUGAUGAAAAUUAAUCUACAGAAAAUAAUGUCAUAAAAUUGUGUACAAAGAGGGACUGUGAUGAUAUAACAAAGUAAAAUAAUCUCAUUUUGGUCACCGUCAAUUAUUUGUAAAUAGUAAAUAAUUAUGUGUUAUCACAGAAAUCGAAUAAAGAAUAUCAAAAUUA